UCAUAGAGUGUUAAUCUUGUCCCAACCGGUCGCAUUGAAACAUUUCCAGGCUCUAGUCCGGUCUUACUCUUGCGGCUGUCGUCAUCUUCUUCUUCUACGGUGUACUUGUCAUCUGCAACAUGGUGACUUCUUGCUGUCAUUGAUUUCUUUCCCUCUCAACUUCCACCAUCCUUAGACGCUUCUUCUUCCCCCAUCCCAGUGCCAGCCUCAAUCAGCCUUUGGGCUACUCGGGACGACGUGUGGCGGCAGGAAUGUCCAUUCUCAAGAUUUUUUUGGUUUCAAGCUGCUUGAGACCGUCCGUCCCUUAUCUUCCAUCUGGGUUGAGUGACAGUGCCAUUGCUCUGUUCAGGCGAUCCAUCUCUCGAAAGAGGGUACAAGUGCUCUUCGCCAGAUGGACUCUCGUGGCCUACUGAACGGCCUUUGGGUCGACCAGUAUAAUUCGUGGCGCCUAUCCGCGACAAGGUUCCUGCACCAGACUUACUAUCCCCGUCCGCGAACACGACCAGUCAGGUCGAUUUUCGCUGUCGCAACAUGUUUCUUUCUUCUUUUUCUCUUCCUGCGUCCUCCUCGCGAGCCGAGCAUCAAUUACUGGCUCAAGUACCCCUCAUACCAUCCUUUUCACGAGAACCCUGAAGAUGCUCGAAUCGUGUCCCCGAAACUCUCUCUUGACCGAAAUGAUACCCUUCCUAAUAAUCUACAAAAAACCAACCCAUCUUUCCACCUCGUCUUGCCCGCGACGCGCAAAUCAUCCGCUCUUUGUCGCACCCUGGCCUCCGCCAUGAUUCUGAAUUAUCCACCCCCUACUCUAGUCCGUUACGGGAGAGCUCUACCCGAGCACUCGACAGAAUACGAUUUUAUGGUUGAUAGAAUUACUGGAAUAUACAACUUUCUAGAAUAUACCCCUCGUCUACAAGAUAACGACAUCGUUCUUAUUGUGGAUGGUUUCGACAUAUUCUUUCAAUUGCCCCCGGAGGUGUUGAUCACCCGAUUCCAGGACCUUCUGCGAGAAAACAAUGCCAAGUUGCGAAAGAAAUACGGGAUGGUAACGGUUGAGCGUCCAUUCCGUAAAGAAGGAGUAGAAACCCUUCAAAAGUAUUCCCAGCGCGUGAUUUUCUCCGCUGGCAAAGAAUGCUUCCCAGGUCUUCCACUUGAUGCGGGUUGCGUUACAGUUCCUCGAUCUAGCUUACCCCCAGACGCCUAUGGAUGGAAAACUGAUACGCGGGGACCCCUAACGCGACCACGGUGGCUCAAACCAGGCGCAGCUAUCGGUCAAGUUGCAGACUUGAAACUGAUCUACGCGCAAGUUCUACGGUAUGUGGAGGAGCACCGUAACGUCCAUGGGGAUUAUCUGGCUUUGACGCAGAUGUACGGACGGCAGGAGUACGUUCGGGAACUGGAGAGACUGAGAACCACAAGUGGAUUCAAGGAGAGACUGUACCGAUGGAUUGGUAUAUCCGAGGCAGCGAAUAUGACCAGCGUCCCUCCUCGAUUGGACUCUGGCCAACGGUAUGAGUAUGGAAUCGGCGUGGACUUUGAAUCCCGGCUAUUUUUCAAUGCGUUCAAUUCUAAGCAAGAUGUUGAAUGGUUGAAAUAUAACAAUGUCUCGAAGACAUCAUCUGUUCAGAUGGAACAUCAUGUGCCCCGGGAAAGACGCCUUAUCCUUCCAGACGACUUGUCCGAGGACAAUGUUUGCAACCCAUUUACCCAGCCCAAGUUCGGCAAGAAUGAAUACCUCAAUCCCCCAUGGAAUGAAACUCUGGACGAGCUCCCGAAUAACCGGUCUUGGAAUAACAUCCCCCUGAUGACAAACGUGCAUUCCGCGUCGGUUCCGGUUCUGGUGCAUAUGAAUAUAAAAGACGACCGGAAUGUCGAACGCACCGUCGAACGAAAUUUGCGUGAUACGUGGUGGUCGAAAAUGUGGUUCCACCCUUGGGCCCGGGCUCUUCUCCGCAAGUACAUGCGCGCCCAGACCGGGUUCGAUGCAGCUCAGACGGCCCUACUAGGUGGCCAAAACUGGUGGGACGUGCGUGGCGGCGCAGGAGGAAUCUGGACAGACAAGGGAGAGUGGAUUAACUAUCCUGAAGUCUGCGCAGGUUUUGAGCGUGACAUGUUUGAUGACGAUCUCGGAGUCUGGGGCGAGGAAGCUGGCGGCGAGCCCGGAGGACCCGUAUACAAUGAGUUCGGCAACUUGAUCAAGGGUCAAUAGCUCUAACCGCUCUUGUUUCCCCUUUCUUCAUAUCAUCCCCUUCGUUGCAUAUAUUGAUCUCACCACCUUAUUCUAGGUGUGUUGACUAGCGUGGUUAGGACCACGCACAGGCUAAUGGGUUCUCCAUAGCCGUGUAUAUUCAGUUUGGUGUUGGGGUUCUUAUUGUUGUAAUCCGUCAUGGCGUACUGGCCUGUGUUUCCC